AGACUCUAUUAGCUGCGUCGGCCUCCAACGGCAACAAUGCGAGCUCAGGCGCAGCAAUUCAUCAAUCCGUAACUCCAUCUUCUGUCCAUUGGCCUGCGUACUGACCGAGGCGGACCCGAAAUCUCGUGGAUCCCUCGAGGAUUAAUAAAAAGACGCUUCAGCCUCGAUCCUUUUCCACGUGUCAGCCGCACGCCCUCGCUGAUCCCUCCUCUCCCUCUCCUUGACCUCCAUUGCCCUGCUGGCUGCUGCUGCUGCUUCUUCUUCCCUCUCUGGCACGCAUCGUUCGCACGCACGGGGCGCCAUGAAGAUCUCAACCACCACCCUCGCCCUGACGGCCUUGGCCGCGGAUCUCGUCGCGGCUGGCAACAUCAAGCCCAGCUGCCAAUGUUGCUCCGCUCUCGCCACGAACCCCAGCCUCGUGGGCAAGGUCUGGACGCCCGAUGACGAGCGCUACGAUGCGCGUCUGAAGGAGUACUACUCUGCCAACGCCGCGCAGGCGCCCUGGUGCAUGGUCCUGCCCGAGAGCACUGAGGAUGUCUCGACCCUCAUGAAGGUCCUCACGGAGCACUCGUGCCCCUUUGGCAUGCGCUCCGGCGCCCACACUGCCUUCCAGGGAGGCAAUGGCAUCAAGGACGGUGUCACCGUGGACUUUGGGCACCUGAACGCGACCACCUACGACGAGACCACCCAGAUCGCCUCCAUGAACCCUGGCCAGACCUGGGGCGACGCCUACAAGGUCCUCGCCGACUACAGCGUCGUCGCUAUUGGCGGUCGCGCGGACGUUGUCGGCAUCGGAGGCUUCACCACUGGCGGUGGCUACUCUUUCCACACGGGUGUCCGUGGCUUCGCCUGCGACAAUGUCGUCAACUUCGAGGUCGUCCUGGGCGACGGCUCCAUCGUCAACGCCAACGCCGAAGAGAACCACGAUCUCUGGGUGGCGCUCAAGGGUGGCUCGGGCAACUUUGGCUUCGUCACCCGCAUCGACCAAAAGGUCUGGCCCUCGUCCGAGAUCUACGCCAACCUCAACUCGUACAGCAUCGACAAGAGGCCCGCGGUCCGCCAGCGCUACUACGACUUUGUCAACAAGCAGGACGACGAGCCCGAGAGCCAGGUCAUUGGAGCCAUGAGCUACGCCAACGGCGCCUGGGCCUGCGCCAUCAUCAUGUCCAACAUUGACGCCGAGAUCAGCGACGUCUUUGACCCCUUCUUCGAGAUCGAGUCGACCACGUCCAUCCCUGCGACCGGUCCUGCGCACGAGGUCGUGCCCAUCUUCACGGGCCCCACGCCCCUGGGCCUCUACGCCAACUGGCAGACCGGCAUGGUCGACCACAACCUCGAGAUCAUGGAGGCCAUGGACGAGAUUGUGUUUGAGUACUUCAACAAGGCCAUCGGCCUCGUCGAGGACGGCGAGAACAAGAUCCAGCUCAUCUGGCAGUGGCAGCCCGUCACCCAGGGCAUCGUCGACGUGAUGCAGAAGCAGGGCGGCAACGCCCUCGGCCUCGACGCCACCGUCCUCGACGGGCCCGUCAUCAUGUACAACAUUGUCUUCACCGCCGACACCGAGGAGACCCAGGCCGCCACCCUGCCCACCAUCUUCGCCCUCAACAAGGCCAUCCUCGCCAAGGCCGACGAGCUCGGCCACAACAAGCACUGGCAGUUCCUCAACUACGCCCACGGCAGCCAGGACCCCAUCUCCCACUACGGCGCCGAGAACAUCGCCCUCAUGAAGGCUGUCUCGGCCAAGUACGACCAGGGCCAGGUCUUCCAGAACCUGCGCCAGACCGGCUUCAAGCUCCCGGCGUAGACGCCUAGGUCCUUCACACAAAGGAAAGGGUCAAUCGCUUAUUCCUGUCCCGCCAUUGUGGGCAGAAUACCAUUUCAAUCUGUACAUACUCAUCUAGUCACUGCGUGUUGACUUUUCAUAUAUUUAGACAAAGAUCGAAUGAGAGAAUCGUGAAUAUGCUUCAUCCGCUGGGCUUUCCCCACAGCAGUGCUAAGCGUGAUGAGUCGAAAAUGUGUUUACCUUCGAGACCUUGAGCUCAUGCAGAUCUCAGAUGCUUGCAUUCGUGCGUCUCAUACGCACUCGAAGCGUAGUGUGCCUUUCUGACACGCCCAAGCUCUUCCUGGCGACACCCGCCAAUGUCGGUUCAGCGCUCAUCUGACUCAAGUCAGCAUCGGUGACCGUCAGCUUACACUGCCCUCUCAUCGAUGUGCUCA